AUGCUAAUUAGAAUGUUUGAAUCUGAGAUCAUGCAGGGCCGUGUGUGUCAGCUGUUGCUGGUGAAUGCUUUGACCUGUGGUCUGGAGGUGUGUAUGGCUGCAGGGACCUUCUACAUCCCCCCUCUACUGCUGCAGGCCGGCAUGGAGGAACGCUACAUGACCAUGGUGCUGGGAGUGGGGCCAGUUCUGGGUUUGAUCUUCGUGCCCAUGAUCGGUUUGUAUAGUGACUCGUGGCGUAGACGUUUUGGUCGGCGGCGGCCAUUCAUCUGGCUCCUUUGUGUGGGGAUUCUGCUGGGCCUGCAGGUGAUGCCCCAGGCCUCUCACCUAGCUGCCUUGCUCUACCCGCAGCACCCCCGCUGGAUGGAGAGGGUCCUGCUGGCGGUGUCAGCCUGUCUGCUGGAGUUCUCUGGGCAGGCCUGUUUCACGCCGCUGGAAGCUCUGAUCUCAGACCAGUUCCCAGGAGAGGAGGAGAGCAGAAGGGCCUUCUCUGUCUACUCACUGAUGAUCAGCCUGGGAGGAUGCCUGGGGUACCUGCUGCCAGCCCUGGACUGGAGCCAUGCCCCGACAGCAGCCUACCUGGGCGGCCAGGAGGCCUUCAUCUAUGCCCUGCUCACCCUCAUCUUCCUCACCUGCCUCCUCAGCACAGUCUUCAUCUCAGAGGAAAGAUACACCAGAGGGGGAGAGACAAUCAGGAAGGAUGAUAUUGUUAGCUCCGCCCUGAACCGAUACUGUGCACACUCCUUGCUGCCGCGGCCUCAGUGUGUGCGGCUGGCGGUGGGGCGUAGUGUGUCGCUGUGUGUGUCAGCGCUGCCACGCAUGUACAGUGUGUGUAUGCACGUGCCGGCAGUCAUACGCAGGCUGUUUGUAGCCGAACUGUUCAGCUGGAUGGCUCUGAUGAGCUUCAUGCUGUUCUACACAGACUUUAUGGGAGUGGGGCUGUACCGGGGAGUACCCAACGCUACACCUGGAACACAGGAGAGACUACGAUACGAUGAAGGUGUGCGCAUGGCGAGUGUGGGUCUAUUCCUGCAGUGCCUGACCUCAGUGGUCUGCUCCAUCCUGAUGGAGCGCUGGAUAGUGUUGCUAGGCACCCGGGCUGUGUAUGUUAGCAGUGUGGUCCUGCUAGCGUUAGCUACAGCUGUGAUGAGUUUCUCAAAGAGUGUAGUGAUGGUCACUGUCAUGGCCGCAGCUACUGGAUAUACCUUCUGUGUGCUGCAGGUCCUGCCCUACACCCUGCUGUGUCUGUACCACUCUGACAGACAGGUCUUCUUCUCCAGUUCCAAAUCCAGACCUUCUCACCCAGGAGAUAGUGAUGACCACAUCCACUCCAAGCCCCUCGUUCCCCCUGACUCCAUCCAUAUCCAUGGCAACAGGUAUCCAGAAGGGGUCAAUCUCCCCGGGGCCCCCCUUCUCUCCUCCACCUCCCCCCACGUGUCCCUUCCCCUGGAGAGAGAAGGAGAGCCCAUACCCCUGCCUCAGAGAGGGAUGUGUCUAGACAUGGCUAUCCUAGACAGUGCCUACCUGCUUUCACAGGUGCUGCCUGCUCUGUUUCUGGGCUCCAUAGUGCAGCAGUCUCACAGUGUCAGUGCCUAUAUGGCCUCAGCCUGCUCCCUCAGCAUCAUGGCCAUGCUCUGCUCCACCGGUGUCGUCUUCACACGCAGUGACCUCCACAAGCUCACAGGCUCAAAGGACAGCGCUCCAACACUGACGGGGCUAAAGAGUUAA